AUGAUGGAUAUAAAACACGAGAAGGACAUUGAAGGUCUUGCUCUAUCCCAGAGCAAUGAUGUUCACAAUAGUGCUAUUCAAAACCACGAUGAUGUCUUUGGAGAGAUCACUGAUUCUGGACCCAAUUACCGAAAUGUAGGAUGGGCAGGAACGGUGAUCCUCAUGAUGAAGAGCCAGAUUGGCCUCGGUGUUCUUUCAAUCCCAUCUGCUUUUGAUACAUUAGGCCUCGUCCCAGGCGUCAUCUGCCUGCUCGUUGUUGCUGUAAUUACAACAUGGUCCGACUACAUGGUCGGCGUGUUCAAGCUCAAUCAUCGUUCAGUCUAUGGUAUCGAUGAUGCCGGGUUCUUGAUGUUUGGUGCCAUUGGUCGCGAGGUUUUCGGUUUUGUAUUCUGCCUCUAUUGGAUUUUUGUCGCCGGCUCGGGAAUGCUCGGUCUUUCCAUCGCCCUCAAUUCCGUCUCAAGUCAUGCUACAUGCACGGCCGUCUAUGUUGCCGUUGCAGCCGUCGCAGGAAUUGCCUUUGCCAGUAUUCGAACUCUCGGAAAAAUCAGUUGGCUCGCCUGGAUUGGACUGACCUGCAUUCUGAUCGCAAUCUUCACUGUCACCAUCGCUGUCGGCGUUCAGGAUCGCCCGGCCUUAGCCCCCAGAGAGGGUAUCUGGGUAUCUGACUACAAGAUCAUUGCCCAUCCCUCAUUCAGUGAAGCCAUCACUGCCGUGGCCUCGAUUGUCUUCGCCUACGCCGGCACACCCGCCUUCUUCUCCAUCGUAUCCGAGAUGCGCGACCCCAAAUACUACACUCGCUCCUUGGUCAUCUGCCAAAGCGGCGUGACGAUGGUCUACGUUACCAUCGGUAUUGUAGUCUACUACUACUGCGGUUCCUACGUUGCGUCGCCUGCUCUUGGCUCCGCUGGUCCCACAAUGAAGAAGAUCAGCUAUGGCUUUGCCAUUCCCGGUCUUCUAGUCACUGUGAUGCUGUUUGUUCACUUACCCGCAAAAUUCAUCUUCGUCCGCGCCCUCAGAGGCUCCAAGCACCUCACCUCCAACAGCAUGGUGCACUGGGGCUCCUGGAUCGGCUGCACCGCCGCAGUCGGUAUCAUCUCCUACAUUAUUGCAAGCGCCAUUCCCGUCUUCGAUAGUCUGGUCUCGCUUAUCGGUGCUUUGCUCGGCACAUUCAUGUGCUUCCAACCCAUGGGUUGCAUGUGGCUGUACGAUAACUGGAGCAAGGGCAAGGUCGACCGAUCCCCAAGGUGGACGGCCAUGGUUUGCUGGAGUGUCUUUGUAAUUGUUAUCGGUACCUUCAUGAUGGUCGCUGGUACAUACGGUUCUAUUGUUAGCAUUAUCGCAAGCUACAAUGCGACGGGUGGCUCAGCUGCUUGGUCCUGCGCGGACAACUCAAAUUCUUCAUAG